AGGUCAAUCGGCGGCGUGGGAGGGGACUCCAUUCCAAGCUCGCCUCAAGAGGAUUGUCCUCAUCCUCUGCUUUUGCGGUCUCCGGGCACGGCAAAUCGCCGUGCUCGAUUGCGUGCGUAGAGGCGGCCAGACCAUGCGAGGGAGAGGGAGGACGGAGCGGAGGGUGAUGGCGGCGAUAGCGGCGCGCCGGUCGCUGCCGCGGCCGAGGCGGAGCUGGAGGUUGUGGAUAUGUCUGACGAGUGGGACCGGAGGUUGUCGCUCCUCCUUCACAACUCGGUUCUCACACGGACCUCUUUGUGGAUAUGCCAUGGCGCCGUUGCCGUCGCCCGCCGCGUCGGUGGCCUCCGCCGCGAGGACCUCCUCCGCGUCGCCGCGCCGCUCCGCUCCCUUCUCGCCGCGGCGCCCUACGCGCCCCCCGAGGGCUCCGGCACCUCCGUCAAAUCCCUCCUCGCCUCAAUCCUCCCGUCCCCCUCUCAGCCCCAGACGGACGGGGCCGGCAAGGAGGCCGUGGACGUGCUCCUCUUCUGCGCCGCCGCCCGCGCGGCCUCCUCGGAGGCCCCCGCGCUGCACUGGGUUCCGGAGGGGCUCUCCAGGGCGGUCGCCGCCGCGAUGGAGGAGAUGGCGGCGUUGGGUGGGUGGGGCGGCGUCGCGGAGAUGUUGGUGGCCAUGAUGCCGGAGGCGGUGACGCCACUGAAGGCCGUGCUGAAGGACACUGGCGUGGACGCCAAUGAUGAAAAUGUGGGGAAGACUAAUAUAGGAUCAGCCUUUUAGGUGAGAUUGUAGGAUCAACCCAAAAUUCGUAUUUAGGCAAUCCAAAAAAUUUUGAAAAUAAUUUACAACAUACCUGUGGGUUAGGUCUACAAUUCCAAAAAAAAUCAGCUCAAAACUCGAUCUACAAUUAAAGAUAAGAAAAAGACAAAUUUGACUAUGAAUAGUG